AUGCGGCUCAUGUACGUUUGUGCACGUAACGUCGAGCGCUCGACCUCGACUAAGUUCCCGGUUGCGACUCCAUAUCUGUCCGAGUUCUUUUUCCAAGACACACAAAUCGCUCCUCGGUUGCUGACGACUCUCGAGUACGCGUGCGCAAACUGGGAGUCGGUGAAGACGGACUGGUUUGGAUUGUUUGGCGUGGGUGAAGAGGGUCAAGAAGUUACGAGCAAGAAGCACCAGCGUUCUCCAGGUGCUACUACCGAUGAGACUCUGGCGUCCGAGUUGAGAAGAAUCAUUAUUGGAGAAGUGAAGAAUCAAGAACCGUCCUCUAAGAAAUCUCGAGGUUCUUCCGGGUCUGUGGAGCGAGAUGGGAGCGUGAAGGUGCUGGUGUUGGUGAUUGAUGAGGCUGCGUCUCUGCUGGAGAAGAAGACCUGCAAUGGAAGCGAUCAUCUCUCCACGCUGCGCAAGGCGUUGACUGAGGCGAGCAACAUCUUGCAAGUAAAGAAGCGCAAGACCAUGAUAUUGGCCGUACUUGUCGACAGCAACCCGGAAAUUAUCAACGCCCCCCCCCCCUUCAUCGACCAGACACCUCCAGUUAGACUACAGUCUACCCAAAACGACGAGAUCCUUUCCUCCGUUCGUGCUCACUCACACGAUGGACGUCAUCCUUCACAGGAUGCGCUCGUCAGAAACCGUCGGGGUCGACUACAAAGCGCUGGAACUUGA